UGUUUGAAGGAGGAGCAACAGCUUUUCAGCUGCAUCUCUUUAGUUCAACACAAAAACUGUCAGACAGCAGCAUGCUGCCACCAAGGAACCUUCUGAUCGUGUCAUUGGCCAUUUUCCUGGCAACCACAGUCUCUUUGGCUCCUGUUGAGGAGAAGGAGCGAGAAGAAGCUGAACUAGAGGCCACAGAGGAGGUGGAGGGGGAGCUGUCUGAGGAGGAGGAGGAUGAUGAUGACUCCCAGAGUCAGCAUAAGAUUAAGGCAGGUAAUCUUGGCACUCAGCAGACCAUCACGUCCGUAGCAGCCGCCGGAGGUUCAGUUUCCGGUGGUCCAUCAGCGGGAAUGGGACCAAAUGACGGAGUAGCAGGAAGUUCUGCAGGUCUUCACGGAGCUGCUUUCUCUGUCAACUCAGCAGCAGCUGGAGGUCCGAGCAGCUCCUCAGGUUCUGCAAGUUCUGCAGGAUCCACUGGUCCGGUUGGUUCUGCAGGUUAUCCAGGUUCUGUAGAAUCUUCAGGUUCUAUUGGCUCAGCAGGAUCUGCGGGUUCUGCAGAUCAUCUAGGUUCUGCAGGAUCUUCAGGCUCUGUGGAUCCAGCAGGGUCUGCAGGAUCUCCAGGUCAUCUAGGUUCUGCAGGAUCUUCAGGCUCUGUGGAUCCAGCAGGGUCUGCAGGAUCUCCAGUUCAUCUAGGUUCUGCAGGAUCUUCAGGCUCUGUGGAUCCAGCAGGGUCUGCAGGAUCUCCAGGUCAUCUAGGUUCUGCAGGAUCUUCAGGCUCUGUGGAUCCAGCAGGGUCUGCAGGAUCUCCAGGUCAUCUAGGUUCUGCAGGAUCCGUAGAUUCAGCAGGAUCUGCAGGUCAUCCUGGCUUUGCAGGAUCUCCCGGUUCUGUGGAUUCUGCAGGUUCUUCAGCUUCUGGGGCUGCAGCAGUUCAUCUUUCAGAUGUUUCUGCAGGUCAGACUCAUCUAGGCUCUGAUCGAGUCGACUCCAUGUUUAAUGUGAAUGGACAAAAGCUGUUGAAUGGAGGGGGUCUAGGAGUUGGUGGAGGAGGAGAAGGGGUUGGAGCCCACAGUCAGACCGGUUCUGCUGACUUUUCAGGGGUCUUGGGAACAUUUGGAGGUGGAGUUUCACAACUGAGCCACACAGGUGGGUCUCCGGCUGGAGAAAUGAACACUGGAAUCAUUGAUCCAUCCAGCCAUGACUAUCUGCUAGGCCUUAUGGGUGGUGGUUUGAUCCAUCAUUUCAGUACAGGUGCUCAUGAUCCAGGUCAGAAGACCCCGCCCACUCACCUGGACUCCACAGGGAUCAGUUCAGGUGUAACAGAAGCUCCAUUUGGAGACAAAAACAUCCUGGACCCACCUGCAGGACCUGGCUCCGCCUCUCUGAGUUCAGGUCCUGGUCACACCCUGCCCGUUGACCAACCGGGACCAGGCGGCUCCUCACCGGGUUCAGGACCUGAUCAACAAACGUUGUCGAAUGAUCGGUUAGGUCCAGAUGGUUUCUCCUUCGUUUCAGGACCGGACCACUCCCUGUUGAGACCUGCUUCUGGCUCCUCCCUCUCUGCUGCUGGCUUGUCUUCCUCACUGGACAACGGGGCUUUCAGAGAGCAGACAGAAGAAGCUGAGUCAGCAGAUAAUAAUGGAAACGGACGACAGAUUCUACUGACAGACAACAAUGGAGCGGUGACGGACAGAGCGGCGACCUCCAGUGACCUCGGGAGCCUGCAGACAGAUCUCACAGGCGGCGCCGCAGAGUCAGUGACCCGUCUUCACUCACCAGAUCCAGCUUCAACGAUGGAACCGGCCCGUGAUGUCACAGCCACAGAAUCGUCGCUCGGCGCCCUCCACACAGAAUCUGCAGUGGGAGUCGCACACACUCUGAGCGGAGUUUCAGGUAUUUACUCCCACACAGACUUUAUCACAGUAACAGCAGACUUCAUAGGAAGGAGCACAGCAGAUCCAACAGGAACUCCUUUUGACUCCAGUCAUCCGGUUGUCACGGAUCACACACAGAUGGCUGGUUCCGUCACUGAACAGUACAACCCGUCUGGUCAGGGUCCUGAAGGUGCAGAAAAUGUGGAGCUGGAGGAUACCUGCUGACUUCCACAUCACGCCACGAGUUCGAUUCUUGCGCUUCCAAUUACAGUGUCAUGACCAAUCAACAUGGCCCAGGAGUUCUGACCCCUCCCACUAGCUAUAGACCCCACCCAUCAAAAGGGCAAAGUCACUUUGCUUGUCUUUUUUGUUUUGUUUUUAAUAUUUAAAAAUGUUGUUUAUAGACAUUUUGUGUUAGAGAAUCUCUCAGAGGGGCAGGAAAUCCAAAGUCCAGCUGAACGUCGACCGUCUGGCGAUCCUGCUUCCACGCCAUCAUACAGGAUGUUAUAUCGGUGUCGCUGUAAAAUUUGGUUUUGAAAUUCAACAAUAAAACCGGCUUUUAUUUUUUUCUCUUGAUUUUGAACAUUAA